GGUCAAACUAUUUUCCAGAUUGGCUGUACCAGUUUUUCAUUCCUACCAUCAGUGAUCCAGUUUCUCCACAUCCUUACCAGCAUUUGGUUUUGUUACUGUUUUUUCAGUCAUUCUAAUAGGGAGUGGAGCAACUGCUGUGGUUCAAGCAGCAUAUUGUGCCCCUAAGAAGGAGAAAGUGGCAAUCAAACGGAUAAACCUUGAGAAAUGUCAAACUAGCAUGGACGAACUUCUGAAAGAAAUUCAAGCCAUGAGUCAGUGCCAUCAUCCUAAUAUUGUGUCUUAUUACACGUCUUUUGUGGUAAAAGAUGAGCUAUGGCUAGUAAUGAAGCUGCUAAGUGGAGUGACACACUGGAGAAACUGGAUUGCUUUGUUAAAGGCCCUGUUCAUAUGAUGGUUGGAAGCCUUGCUAACACCAGCCACCUUUCAAGAUGGUGGUCAAGCAUGGUUCUUUCAGUAUGGACAGAUAUGGGAAUAUUAGGUUCAGUUCUGGAUAUCAUUAAACAUAUUGUGGCAAAGGGGGAGCACAAAAAUGGAGUCCUAGAUGAAUCUACCAUUGCCACAGUACUCAGAGAAGUGCUGGAAGGGUUGGAAUACCUUCAUAAAAAUGGACAGAUUCACAGAGAUGUUAAAGCUGGAAAUAUUCUUCUUGGAGAAGACGGCUCCGUACAGAUUGCAGACUUUGGGGUUAGUGCCUUUUUAGCAACUGGUGGUGAUAUUACCCGAAAUAAGGUGAGAAAGACCUUUGUGGGCACCCCUUGCUGGAUGGCACCUGAAGUUAUGGAACAGGUCCGAGGUUAUGAUUUCAAAGCUGACAUAUGGAGUUUUGGGAUCACAGCAAUUGAACUAGCCACAGGGGCGGCUCCUUACCAUAAAUAUCCACCAAUGAAGGUUUUAAUGCUGACAUUGCAGAAUGAUCCUCCUUCUUUGGAAACGGGUGUUCAAGAUAAAGAAAUGCUGAAAAAAUAUGGGAAAUCGUUUAGAAAAAUGAUUUCUUUGUGCCUUCAAAAAGAUCCAGAAAAAAGACCAACAGCAGCAGAGCUGUUAAGGCACAAAUUUUUCCAGAAAGCAAAGAAUAAAGAAUUUCUUCAGGAAAAAAUAUUGCAGAGAGCACCAACCAUUUCUGAAAGAGCUAAAAAGGUUCGGAGAGUACCAGGUUCCAGUGGCCGUCUUCAUAAGACAGAAGACGGUGGUUGGGAGUGGAGUGAUGAUGAAUUUGAUGAAGAAAGUGAGGAAGGGAAGGCAGCAAUUUCACAACUCAGGUCUCCCCGAGUGAAAGAAUCAUUACCAAAUUCUGAGCUCUUUCCAACAGCUGAUCCCAUGGGUACUUUGCUCCAAGUUCCAGAACAGAUUUCUGCUCAUCUACCUCACCCAGCUGGGCAGACACCUGCACAGCCAACUCAAGUCUCUCUUCCACCCCCUGCAGAGCCAGCAAAAACAGCUCAGGCUCUGUCUUCAGGAACAGAUUCACAGGAAACCAAGAUCCCAAUCAGUCUAGUUCUAAGAUUAAGGAAUUCAAAAAAAGAACUAAAUGAUAUUCGAUUUGAAUUUACUCCUGGGAGAGAUACAGCGGAGGGUGUCUCUCAGGAACUCAUUUCUGCUGGCCUGGUCGACGGAAGAGAUUUAGUAAUAGUGGCAGCUAAUUUGCAGAAAAUUGUGGAAGAACCUCAGUCAAAUCGAUCUGUCACUUUCAAACUGGUAUUCUUCCCUUCCUCCUUAUUAAACCAUCUUCCCUUUUAUACACCAGCAGCCUCUGUAGAUCAGCUUCCAUAUUCCCUGAAUAAUGAAAAUAUUAAAUUUUGGUUCAUUUAAGCUUCCCUGAGGCCCAGGGUUGCUGGCUCCCCUUUGAGUGGCCUUACUUCCUUUCUCCCUCCCAGGAAGCUUCCUCCCGCAGGCCCUUGACUGUUUUCAAGAGAGAUCAUUAGCCAGUCUGACUCCAGCUGUGUACCUAGCACCCAUCUUUUCUGGAAGAAACACCUUCAUCAGCCUCUUGUUUACAUCUCAGGGACCUGUCCCCCACUGGCAUCCUCCCCACAGUCCCCAUAUCAGUUCUAAUUGCUUCUUGCAAUUUUGUUCAUAAAUAGCCACAGCUUCUCGUUUUCUUUGGUUCUUAGGCAUCUGGUGUCGAAGGCUCGGAUAUUCCUGAUGAUGGUAAACUAGUAGGAUUUGCCCAGCUCAGCAUCAGCUAAACCACAACCCCAGAAGAGGCGGCCUAAGGAGAUUCCACACAUGCGUGUCUCUGUUGCUUCUGUUGGCCUAAACCCACUACUGCCAAAGAACCCAGCAACAAACCCACCCCAUCUAGGAGCUUUAGAGGUCUUUCUUUAUGUUCUUCCUGCCAUUAGUCCCCCUUUUUCUCACAGGGAGAGAAAAGUUGGAUCACCAGUGGCCAGCAUCCCCUUAAAGAAUUCCAUUGGUAACCCACACACGUCCCCUAUUUUCAUCAUCCACUUGAGAUGUGGCCUGUGUGCCUCAAAGCCCAGAAGGGAGUUCUGUCAGCUCAUUCUUGCCUUACUCCAACGAUGGCCCUAGGUGGGAAGUAGCAGCUGUACUGGGCUUCCUCAUCUUGCCUGUUUUCCCACACCUCCCAAGAUGUGGACACUGAGGUAGCAAUUAAAAGUUGGUUGUUCAGCUGGAGCCCAGAUAAUUUAAUGUAGUGUUAUUUGCUUUGUACCUGAUGUGAAUUCUAGCAAACUUUGUCAGGAAAAAGCACAGCCUCAGAUGGAGGCAACCUAAAGUUGUUCUUGUUUUGUUCAUGAUGUUCCUAAGUGUUUUGCUGAAGCUGCUCUCAGGCACCCCCUUCUUCACUGCUCCCUCCAGAAAGGGUUGCUAGCCUUAAGUUCAGCUGGUGCAAAACAUCUGACUAUAGUUGAACUUCAGCCACUGAAUCCCCUCAAAGUGGAACUUUGGUCUAUUUUUAAAGAAAACAUCAGGUAAUGGCUUGUUAAAAGUGAAUUUUCCCAGAGGUGUUUUUCUUGAGCAGGAAAAAAUCAUAACUCAUGUCAGUGGGGAAGUAUUUAUUUUCAACUCUUAAAAAAUAAAAUGGAAGAAGAACUGCUCCUUGAUCCUCCUAUGAAAAUCAAUUUGCCUGGCCUCCAAGUCAUGAGGAAAUGGGUGUGCAAGGCUGAGAUUUCUACAGCAAUAAUGGAGACUCAACACUGGGCCAGAGAUACCUGCCUUCUGCCCCUUCUCCUGUACUGACCCUUUGGAGGGGGUCCACAGUUCUGUGUGCUGAACCUGAUUCAAGAUGGAGAGUGAAACCACAUGUGCCGUGAACUUUAGGGUUUAUAAGUAGACAGUGUUCACUUGAUUUUCUACAGAAAUAAUGUAAAUUGUUCUUUAGGUUUAAAAAGAGCACUCAUAAUGCAAUAUGUGAAUAAUCAGUGGGGUUGAUUUUUUUUCCUUCUCUUCCACAAGUCAGCCUUUGUCUAUCUGUUAAUAGCCCUACAAAGUUUUAUUUAUGAAUGGGGUGAAUACUCAGACUGGCCUUAGAAAAGACACACAAAGAUGGGCUUUGGCCCAUGGAAAGGAGAGAAUUGCCGCUUACAGAAUCACUUGAGCCCUUUCUGGCAUUGUUGAUUUGAUGAGCAAGAUUGUUUUACUCAGUUUUCUCUUGGAGCGUCUCUGAAAGCAUUCCCCACACUUAAUUGUCACCCCUUUUGUUUCAUUCUGAGCCUGUACUUUUAGUCACUUUCUUCAUCUGACCUAGGUGCAGAGGCAUUUGGGGAAGAGGAUGGGUGUUGGGGAGAAACAGAGGGAAUGGGUUUGGGAUAGGAGCUUGGGAGGGAAGUAGAUUAUAGAGGGUCAGGUACCAAGGUCCAGGGUCCAAGCAGGAUUGGUAAAAGCCUGCUGAACCUGGAGGGAGAAAAGAUUAAUCGACUUGCUAGAAAAAUUGUUAGAUUUUAUGUUCUUUGGGGAAGGGGAGGACAGGAAUGUAGGAAUGAGAUAUGGAAAAGACGUAAUGUUCUCUUUGGCACAAGACUAGUGACCUGCCUUAGAGUAUAUUUUUUGGUUUCAAACAAGCCCAUCAUAAUCUACUUAUUUAUGAAUCCAAGGAGUGGUGGCAACACUCUAUUCUAACUUCCUCUUCGGAGAUGGUCUCAUGCCCAGGCUGGAAGUGAACAGCAGGCUAUCUCCCUGUUCACUUUCUCCAGCUGUGUUCAUUACCUUUGAACUGCGUGGGGCAGGCAUGAUGAUAGAAGUGGGCUGGCGCUUUCUCUUUCAUUUCAUUGUUCACCCUGCUGGUAAUUAGAAGACAGACAUCAACCCCAGGAUAGUGUUACUACUACUUCUGCAUGAUGUGUGGUGGACUCCCUUUGCUGGCUUGUGCAGAGGUGCUGAGAAAAUAAUGAAUAGGAACAUCCCAGGUGGGACAGCAUGUAACCUAGUGCGUGACCCCACCCCUUUCCACAUGUGGUGGUCUGGGGUACACCUCUAUCUCUAGGUCCCCAGGAUUCCCCGGUCCCUAGGGUAGGGACUAAUUAUAGCACAAGGUAAUAUGUGCCAAUGCUAUUUGUGAAAUGUAUGGUCUUUCUAAAUGACUAAUGGGUUUGUUUGGGUGUUUUGCUUAAAUUCUGAACCAAAUCCUAGAGCCAGCUGAUAUUUAAUAAUCUGGAGGAUAAAAUAAUGGUGUAUCAAUAAAUGGAGGUUCCUCCUAUGAAGUAUGCUAGAUUAUGGAAGAUGUAAAAUAUUCAACUUUUUUUUUCCCUUUUUCAACUUUGUAUUUUACUGCAUGUUUUCCUUUAUUUUUAAUCAAUAAAGAGUAAAUUGUCAA